UUUUUCUUUCCUUAUCUUCACAUGAAAUCCGUAUUCAAGUCAGAAUGGAGAUAUAACGCCUUGUAUAUAUUAACCUGGUAUUUCUUCUCAACUGCCUUAUCAGUGUAUAACAAGACUCUAAUGGGAAAAGACCAUUACAAUUUUAACCUACCUUUGCUCAUGAGUGCAGUUCAUUCAGGCAUUCAUACUCUUAUUACAAGAGUAUUCAUAAAAUACAGUAACCAAAAGGUACAACGAUAUUCAAAUAUGGAAUAUUUUGUCAAGUUGGUGCCUUGCGGGAUUGCAGCGGCUGUAGAAAUAUGCUGUGCAAAUGCCUCGCUUGUUUUGAUAACACUUUCAUUUUAUACCAUGAUCAAAUCCAGUACACCUGUUUGGGUUUUAAUCUUUUCCUUCAUGUUUGGUUUCGAAAAACCACGGAUAAACCUGAUCGCGGUCAUUUCAUGUAUCGUAUUUGGUGUCUGGUUAACCAUUGACGGUGAACCCAAAUUCGAUACUAAGGGCUUUAUCCUCGUCUUGACCGCGGCUGUUGCGUCUGGUUUAAGAUGGAACAUGACUCAAUAUUUAAUGAAAUCGAGUAAGGGCAACAUCAAGGAGAAUAGUCCUCUCGCUACCAUGUAUCACCUGAGUCCCAUCAUGUUCAUCACCAUGCUAAUGUUAAGUUUGAUCAUUGAAAAACCAUUCCAUCAACAGCCCUCCUCCAUUUAUUACUUUGAUUCAUUACAAAAAUCGCUCAUGUCCGUGUUGAUCAUGUCCUUUGGUGGUGUUCUAGCCUUCAUCAUGACCAUUGCUGAGCUGUAUUUAAUUAAAGGGACAAGUACCGUCACCCUGAGUGUUGCUGGUAUCAGUAAAGAAAUCGUCGUGAUCAGCCUAUCGGUUUUAAUAUAUGGAGAUGAACUUACACUUAAAACGUAUAUGGGGUAAGCAAAUAGAAAGGGAAAAAAACGGAAAGAGCGUGGGGGUUACCAUGAAAAAGAGCUGUUUUUUGACCCUUUAUGUAGUUUGGUGGUAUCGAUCAUUGGUAUCAUAGGCUACAACUACUAUAAAUACACAUCUGUCAAGACACACGUCGAGUAAAAAAUAAACAUCCAUAGAAUCGCACCGAUACAAAUAGAUUAAAAAAUAAA